UAGGUAGAGCUUCCCCAAGGCGGUAGCGACCAGCCACAUCAGGCGCGUCUACAACAAAAUUUCUGCGAAGAGUGGGAAAAUAAAAUAAAAUAGUUCGAAUGGUCCCAGAAUUGAACAUAAAAAGAAUAGCACCGAUCCAAGCACCUCGGAAUCUCCAGAUUCGGAAGAAUGACUGCCAAUCGCAAAGUAAUGCAAUCGCAAUAGCAUCGAGAAAACGCAUACGAUUUUUUUUUUUUUCUGCCAGGGCCACCCAAAAAUAGAGUCCGCCUGGUUUCGCAAAGCUCUCCGCAAUUUUUCUUUCGGCGGCAUCUGGACCCAAUUUGCAACACCGCUGUCCGCUGCUUCAUUUGCAAAAGCCGCUUACCGAGCCCAGCGAACUCGGGAGAACCCAUGAUACGUCCUGUAGCUGAGACACAGAGGCGCAAUAGAUCGGUGAAGCGAUGGCUGAGAUGUCGCUAGGCACCGAGGCGGAUGUCGCCGCCGCCGCCGCCGCCCCCGACUCCGCGCCCACGCCUGCGCCCGCGCCCGCAUCCCACGAUCCUACCAGUAGCGAUAACCAGGUCAAGUUCGAAGAAUCGACGCUUGACGCCCUCGCCGCCAUCGGUACCUGUCUCGAUUUCGACACGGUGAAAGCAUGCGCAGACCACUACACUCCCAAGCGGAGGAGGGACUCGGAAGAAGAGGCGACGGAUGGUGGUGACGAGAAACGAGUGAAAACCGAGCACAAUUCUCUUUCCAUACAGGAUAUUCCCGCAGUCGCUUCGGCUUCGCCUCAACCGAUGCCUCCUCCUAUCGCAUCCCCUCCCACUGUUGCGCCGGCUUCAGCGACACCACAACCCUCGGUGCCACCCCAGACUGCUCAAGAUACUUCAGCCCUGGGCCCUGAUUCGAAAGAGAUAGCAGCUCCUCAGCUAGCAACUUCACAAACUCCUGCUGCUACUGAGCUUCCUGCGCCGCAACAGCAUAUUGCGCAACCGGCCCCCCAGGCGCAAACUGCCCCUCCAGAACAACUUUCUAUUCAACAACAACUACAACUGCAACUACAACAGAUACAACAGAUCUCUCAGCCCACGCCCUCUCCCGCACCUGCAGCACCUGCAGCACCUCAGCCCAGCCAUCAACCUGUCGUAACACAGUCCAGCGGCCAGCCACCACCAGCUCAACAACACGUCGUUGCCGAACCUGCCAACAUACCUGCGGCCCCUUUGCCGCAUACCCAGCCAUUAGCAGCCCUGCAGCACGCCGUUCAUGAAUCUACUCACGUACCUGCAGCUCAAUUGCCCAGUGCUCAGCCAGUAGCAGCGCCGCACCAGGUUGCUGCUGAGCCUGCGGCUCCUAGCUGGGACCUUGCUGCCCUCCUCGAAUCUGCGCUGGGCGACAUUGAUGAGCAAGCCUUCAAGACUUUGCAACAACCAGAACCAAAUGUCGUCCCUGCGAGAGCCCCAGAACCUGCGCCUCCGGUGCCAGCGAUGCCGGUCGCGCAGCAACUACCUCGCCCUGUCGCGCCCGUCGUCAGGCCUAAACAGAAGAGGAUGAAGUUUCAUGAGAAUCCAAUCUACAUCGUACGGUCUAUGGGUCUACAUUUUCUAGGCUCUCUAGCAGUUCAAGUACUCUUAGCUCUCUCUGAGAGGCCCAGAGUAGAGACCGUGAAUGCGAUCCGAAGUUCCGAUUCUGAGACUGGAAAAGCCUACAAGUCACUGAGCGCCGCUUUCAAGGCUGCGCGUAGGAUGUUCUCCGAAACUUCCUCGAUCCUGCAAGCAGAUGAGCUCAAGAUCGAGGAGCCUGGUGACUUUGAGACCAUACAGAUGGCCAACUUGGCGACGAUCUGUUCCACAGUAUUUGAGUCCGACACUGCAUCACUACUGGAAGCUCACAAUGGGUUUUUGCGGACGUUUCUCCCCGAGCUAAGCCCGCUCACGGACAACUUGACGAACCUUUUUCUUAGCUUAAAGACCCAGGCUUUUCUCCGCUCAUGUCCGGAAACUGCAGACGAUGCCCGAAUGCGAGAGCUUCUCGGGAUUUACUUCCCGGCCGACGCAGAAGCUCCUUUGAAACAGCUACACCCGGAUAGCCCUCUCACUCAGACUGAAAAGGUCUUCAUGAGCAUGUCGACAAAACGCGGGGAGCGCUUAGGGAAUGAAGUGCGGGAUACGAUGAAAAGGAAGCUACUGGCCAUCGAAUAUCCGUGGGACGGGCUCCUGGAUGACCUCAACAAAUACCUGCGAGAUAAUCUUGACAACGUGCUCACGUAUGCGGAGAGCCAAGGUAUUGAGAUUCCCGCUGACGAGGAGUCGAUUCCAGAACCUCAAAUUGACAUAGCCUCUGGGAUCGAUCUAUCUGCGCUCCAUGCGGCCGUACAUGGAACCGACCCUGCCAAGAACGGGAUAUCUGAGGCAGACAAAGCCGUGAUGGCGUCGGAUAGCCUGGGUCUAGGCAAGCUCAUUCAGGCCACCAUGGAUAAGGACAAGGCAGCAGAAACAGAAUCCCUAGGGUUGGCAUCGCUCAUCAAUGAGCGGAUGGGGGCACAUGCCGCUAGCCAAACGUAUCAGCAGCAUCCACAGGCUGGUCUUACGUACAAUGGGCUAGGCAACAUGCACAACACAUAUUUAUCGCAACCACAAUACCACAACGGACCAUAUCAGCAGCAGUAUGCCCAGGCGCCCGCACCAGGCGGCUCGGCUGAUCUGCCCCCCAACCAGAGCUCACCCUCGACAGUGCUAUAUGAACGCGCUCGCCAAGCAGCCGUUGCCAAGUCGACAGUAAGCAAUACUCGUCGUGAUGGCCUCAGCAGUACCCGUAGGCCCUGGAGUCCCGAAGAAGAGAGGGCACUGAUGACGGGGCUUGACCUGGUCAAGGGCCCGCACUGGAGCCAAAUCCUCUCUCUGUUCGGCCCGAAUGGAACGCUCAGCGACGUUCUGAAAGACAGGUCGCAAGUGCAACUGAAGGAUAAGGCCAGAAACCUCAAGUUGUUUUUCCUCAAGACAAAUUCGGAAAUGCCGUACUACUUGCAGAGUGUUACUGGUGAGCUAAAGACCAGGGCUCCGAACCUCUCUGCUCGGAAAGCUCGCGAAAUGGAGCAGGCAGGAGUAAAUGCGGCUACAGAGGAACAGGCUCGGGCUCAGGGUAUGGCAGGACUCGCGCACGACAGCAAGACAGCAAGUCCCGCACCGCCGCCAUGUUCGCCAUUGACGCCAGGAGGCUCCGUUAAUGGCGGCAGGACAGGCAGCCCGUCCACGCCUUUGCAAACCCAUGCCAAGAUUCCAAUCCCUCCCGCAACCUCGGCCGCCGGGGGCUCUUCAAUGCUUGCACACGCCCCGCAAGGUACAAAUGGCAUACAUGGUCCCCGGCCUGGAGUAGCUUCUACUAUCGGCCAGAUGUCUCCGCACGUCAUUGCUGCUCAAGCAAGGACAGCUGCUGCCACGGGGUCGGUACAACCUCAAGCACAAUACUCACAUGUUCAGACUCAAGCAUACCAGUCACAACCGCAACAAGGAGCGCAAAUACAGCAACAUCUGCCGCCUAGAGCACAGAACCAGGCACAGCACCAACGUCCCUUACCGGCGCAAAUUCCAGCAGCACAGCAGCGCAACAUACCUCCUAAUGCUCAGCCUGGGACGCAGCAACCAUUGGCACAGGGUCCUCAUCAAGCUCAGCAAUUGCCAGGACAGACGCCUCUCCAGUAUGCACAGGCCCAGGUCCAGGCCCAUAAUGCAGCACAAAAGACUGCGCCACGCGUUCCGGCCACACAAGGCCAAACAUCGGCUGCCACGGGUCAACAAAACAUGGCCUCGUCUGCGUCACGGCCUGUGCAGCACGGACAAGCAGUGCCGCAGAACUACCCGCAGAAACCGCUGCAUCCGGCCCCGCAGUCUAUGCUCCAGCAACCCACCCAGCAAGCUCAACGCCCGACUACGCAAGGAAACGUGCUAGCCCAGCAACAGCCGCAGCAGCAUGCUCAACAACAGCCAUCACAAACAGUCCCGCGGCCGCAGCAGCAGCAACAGGCUCCGACAACAUGGCAGGUUCAGGGGCAGCCACAAUCAACUCCUUCAAAUCCGGGGCAGCAAGCACCACGACCGCCUAUCAAUGGGCUUCAGCCCCAGACAGCUAUUCCGGCAUAUCUUCAAGGGAGCCCGAGGCCCGCCCAGCAAUCGCCGUUGACCCUACCUCAGGUACAGAAGGCCACCCCGCCUCCCCACACUACCCAGGCGGCACCACCUCAACAGACAACCACUGUUGCCAACCCUGAACCAGCUCCCGCGCCCGCUGCCACAUCUGCAGAAGUCACGGCCUCGGACAAGACGACAAGUCUGGAUGAAGACUUUAUGCAGAAGAUGGCAGCUGCUCUUGCCAAAGCAACCGGGUAGACUUGGGGGUACAUCAAGUAUCGUGUAUCUUUCACUACUAUCCUCAUCAAAAGGUUAUGCCCUACAUAUUUGCUGGGAAUGAGGACAGGUUUCUAUUUUCAAUAUUUCUGUUUAUUUAUUUUUUGGGGGCGAAGACAAUUCACUUCAUCUUGGUGUGUUAUAUGGUGUUUUAGGAGGGAAAAAGGAUGCUCACGCAUAAUAUGCGGCAUUGUACGGAGUUAUGGCCGGUGAAUGAUACCAAUUUGGUUACUUGGAUGUGUUUGAGGCUUUCGUGAUAUAUUUUGUCUUUGUACUUACUCGCUGUCGGGGCUCAGCUCGGUCGAUCUACUGAGCAAGAAGUACGAGGAACCGGCCCAGAUUUACACAAUCUUUGUUUGCUGUUGAGGGUAGCUGCUGAUGUUUACCCCCGUCACACAAAGUUGGCGCCUCAAGUCAUGCGAUGAAAAUUUCCAUUUUCCACUUGCAACCUUGAAACUCAUUGCUUAUCCGAGAA